GAAAGAGAGAUACUACAGUGCAUGUGAUGUUAAGAGAGAGAGCGGGUGGGGCACUGUAGUGAGUUUUCACAGGGCCAAAACCUGUUGUGGAUUUACAUAGACAGACGGCCUGUAUAAUAUUAUACAGUGGUGUGGGGCUCCAACACCCAGAGGACUGUACAGAGACACGGCACUGUGUGGACUCACACAAGAAAAUCAGGAAAACUUAAUCAGCAUGCAGAGUGUGAGUUCCCCAGGGAGGGGGGGAACCCUGUCGGAGGAGUCGUUCCAGUGUUCUAUCUGCCUGGAGGUCUUUGUGGAGCCCGUCUCUACCCCCUGCGGACACAGCUUCUGCAAGGCCUGUCUGCAGGGCUACUGGGACCACAGCAAGAAGUUCCUGUGCCCCAUGUGUAAGAAGAGCUACAGCCGGAGGCCGGAGCUCAGCAUCAACCGGGUCCUCGCCGAGAUCGCUGCCCACUUCCAAGGCCUCGAAGUAGGGGCUGUUUCACCAAACACGAAGGGGGGUGCGGUGGCUGGGAGUCCGGUGGCGGGUCACAGGAUUCAUGGAGAGUCACCAGCAGCUGCGGCGGAGGGUGGAGAGUUUGCCCGGGCAGGCGAGGUGCCGUGUGAUGCGUGCAUCGGGAGGAAGAUGAGGGCACUGAAGUCGUGUCUCAACUGUCCAGGGUCAUUCUGUGAGGCACAUCUCCGACAUCAUAAGAAGGUGAAGUCUCUGACGUUUCACCGCCUCGUGGAGCCUGUGCAUCAUCUGGAGGAGAAGCUCUGUAAGAAGCAUGAGCGCCUGCUGGAAGUCUACUGCCGCAACGACCACGGCUGUGUCUGUAUCUCCUGUGCCGAGGCCACCCACAAGACUCACGAGAUCGUCUCGGUUGACCGCGAGUGGAAGAAAAAGAUGAAUUAUUUGGGCAAGAGGAGGUCGGAGCUGAAAUACAUGAUCAAGGAGCGGACCAAGAAGCUGGAGGAGAUCAAACAGUCAAUACGGGUCAUCAAAAGCAGCGCUCAGAAGGAGUUGGAGGAGAGCUGGCAGGUGUACGCGGAGCUUCAGUGUCUAGUGGAGCAGAGCCAGGCUGAGCUGGUGGAGCUGAUCGCUACGAGGCAGCGCGAGGCUGAGAGGCAUGCCCAGGAGCUGGCCCGAGGACUGGAGAGCGACCUGAGUCAUCUCAGGAAGAGGAACGAAGAGUUGGAAGCCCUGGCACAGAACCAGGACAAAGUCAUCUUCCUCCAGAGACUGUCCGCCCUAGCGCUCCUCCCGGAGCCCAUUGAUUGGUCAGGAGUGAGUGUGAACACUGACCUGUACCUGGGUACCAUCCAAUCAUCCGUCAGUGCUCUCGCCGACAAGUUCCAGGAAGAAAUCAAGAGGCUGUAUGGAAAAGAGCUAAGGAAGCUGCAGAACUAUGCAAGUGAGGUGUUCUUGGACCCGGCCACAGCCCAGAGGAACCUGGUCCUGUCAGAGGACGGUCACCAGGUGAUGUACGAGGAACGAAAGCACAACCAGUCAGAAGACACUCGCCGCUUCAACCCCGCCCUCUUCGUGCUCGCAUGCGAGUGCCUCUCCACGGGACGCCAUUACUGGGAGGUCGAUGUGGGCCGUAAGACUGCCUGGACUGUGGGCGUGGUGCGAGCAUCGGCCCGCCGGAAGGGAGAGAUCCAGCUGAGCCCCGAUGGAGGGUACUGGUGCCUGUGGCUGAAAGGUGGGGAGGUCAAGGCUCUGGCAUCCACCCGACUGUCCCUGCAGCUGGCCUCUCACCCCCAGAAGAUCGGGAUCUUCCUCGACUACGAAGGCGGCCAGGUGUCGUUCUACGACGUCAAGAAGCACACGCACCUCUUCACAUUUGAGGAUACCUUUAAUGAGAGUUUGUACCCCAUCUUUAGCCCCUGUCUUAAUCAGGAGGGAAAGAACGCAGCCCCGCUCAUCAUCAGUGCAGUGAAGCAUAGCUGGGCUUUAACCACAGCCCUGUCCUCCGCCUUCAAAUGGAGGAAAGCUCUGUUCGCCUCUGCCGACCACUGCAACCGCACCGGCCUCCCCUUCAGCAGUGAGGUCAUGCUCCGGCAGUCGCCCAAGAACCUUGCGCACCAGAGACACAUGCGCGGCACGUGUGGCGGAGUAGAUCGAGAUAUCGUCAAUAUACACCACCACAUCUUGUCCGUGCAGGUCCCUGAGAAUCUCAUCGACAAAGGAUUGAAAGAUGCGACAGCUGUUGCAGGAGGAGCCUCCUCCUCCGGUCUCCCUAGAUGCAGCCCCCCCCCUAGCUCCAUAGGUAUGGGAGCGGGCGGUCCAGGAGGUGGACCAGACAGGCCCCUUUCAGAACGUCGGCGAGCAGCCAGUAGAUUGUCUAGCCGGAUCGACAGGUCUAUGAGCUCGUCCAGGAGGGUGAUUGAACACGGCCCAGAAGUUGCAGGUGGCCCACUCCAGGGCUCUACCCAUCAAGCAAGAGACGAGGACACUCACGCUCUCCUCAUCCGAGGGAGCCGGCCGAACGGUGGCCAGGUAAAGCUCGAGUUGGAGCAGAAACCCCCGGCACACCACCACCGCUCCAUCGUACUCCCUUGGAGGCGCAAUACGCAGGACGCUGGUACCGGAUACCGCUGGAGGAGAGCAGUCACUCUGUACAGUGGCUUUCUGCAACAGCUGCUUCUCUCUGGAAAUCAUGGAAAUCUGACGGAGGAGCAGGUCCACUGCUCCAUCUGUCUGGACGUGUUCACCAACCCUGUCUCCAUCCCCUGUGGACACAACUUCUGCCGCUGCUGCAUCCUAGACUACUGGAAGACCACUGCCCUGUUCCAAUGCCCCAUGUGCAAGAAGACCUUCUUCAAGCGGCCCGACAUUAGCAUCAACACCGUCCUGAGGGAGAUCGCUGAGCAAUUUAAGGACAUCAGGGUUAGCAACGCCGAGCGUCUCCAACGGCAGGAACUGAAAGAGGAACGAGAUUUGCAGAAGAAGAUGGAAGAGCAGAAACAGAAGGAGGAGGAGCAGAAAAAGACGGAGCGGGAGACGAAGAAGAAAGAGGAACAGGAGCUGGUUCAAAAGCAGCAGAAACUUCUCCAGGAGCUGAGACUGAAGCAGGAGAUGCAAAAGCUACAGCUGCCACAGCUGCAACGAACGACGAGCCAGGAACCAGAGAAACCAACACAAGAGAAGCCAGAGGGAGAGCCAGAGGAACCUCCAGCCGAUGCUCCUCCAUCCCCACCCCACAGCCCAUGGGGCGAGGUGUCUUGUGAUGUCUGCAUGGGCGACCGGAUGAAGGCCGUCAAGUCCUGCCUGGUGUGUCUGACCUCAUACUGCGAGGAACACAUCAAGAACCACAACACACGCUUCACCAAACACAAGCUGAUCGAACCCGUGACUAACCUUGAAGAGAGGAUGUGUCCCAAGCACGAGAGGCUUCUGGAGCUGUUCUGUAAGAAAGACCAUAUCUGUGUGUGUGUGCUGUGUACGGAGACGGACCACAGAGCUCACUUUACUGUACCUGUAGAGAGGGAGUGGACUGAUAAGAAGGCUCAGCUGAAGAAGACAGAGAUAGAUGUACAGCAGAUGAUCCAGGAAAGACUGAAGAAGAUGGAGGAGAUCAAGCACUCAGCGGAGCUGAAUAAGUCCAGUGCCCAGAGGGAGAUCGAGGACAGCAUGCAGGUGUUCCAGGAGCUGAUUCGGUCCAUCCAGAGGACCCAGGCUCAGCUGGUGCUGGCUAUAGAGGAAAAGCAGAGAGAGACAGAGAGGUGGUCCCAGGGCCUGAUAGGGGAGCUGGAACAGGAGAUCACUAAACUACAGAGGAGGAAUACAGAUCUGGAGCACCUCUCACGCACAGAGGACCACAUCCACUUCCUACAGAGUUUCCCAGCCCUGUGUACCCCUCCAGCCACUAAGGACUGGUCUGGGACCAGGGUACAUACUGAAGUGUGUGUUGGGAUCAUCAGGAGAGCUGUGUCCAAAUUGGAAGAGACGCUGAGUGAGGAAAUUGACAAACUGGUGGACUCCGAGCUGAAGAAGAUUCUUAAGUACACAGUGGACCUGACCCUCGACCCAGACUCAGCCAACCCGUGGCUCCAGCUCUCGGAAGACCGCCGUCAAGUUAGGCACCUGGGAACUUGGCAGGACCUCCCGGACAUCCCUGAGCGUUUUGACACUGUGGUCAUUGUCCUGGGUCGCGAGGGCUUCACGGCGGGACGCCACUACUGGGAGGUCCAGGUGGGGGACAAGGAUGACUGGUACCUAGGUGUGGCCAAGGCAUCAGUCAACAGGAAGGGCCGUAUCGCCGUCAGCUCCUCCCAGGGCUACUGGGCGCUGGCCAUGAAGAAAGACCAGGGAUAUAGGGCCUCCACGACCCCGCCGUUACCUCUAACCCUUGACCCCAAGCCGAAGAGGGUUGGGGUGUAUGUGGAUUGCGAAGAGGGCCAGGUUUCGUUUUACGACGUGAAGGAGAGGAGUCAUAUCUAUACAUUCAUGGAGGACAACUUUAAGGAUAAGUUGUUUCCGUUCUUUUAUCUGUACUGUUGUGAUAAACAGUCGGAUGCCAUGGUGAUCUGUCCGAUCAAUGAAAAGAGUCUGAUCAAGCAAUGCUGAGAAAUACUCUGACAACAACUCUGAAAGACUACAAUUCUGUCUGCAGAAAAUACUGUGACAUAUGAUCUUGGUAGGGAAACCGUAAAACAAUUAUACAUUGACACUUAGUGGUGGCUUAAAGUACCUUGGGGGUGAGUGCCCGACGUCAACAUCCUUGACCUUAUUGAUAUUUGUUAUGGUGAUAACAAGCUGAUUUAUUUUGUUGUCCAGCCCCCCUAGGCCCCUGGUCAGUUGAACCCUGUUGAGAAAGAUUGCAACUCUGGCAACAACUCUGAAAGACUACAAUUCUGUAUGCAGAAAAUAGGGGAGAGUGGGGUAUGUUUAACCAUUGUUUACAUUCAGCAUCACUGCGUCAAGGGAAAUAUAGUAUUCUUUCUAACAAAGAUAUCUACAUAUAUUUCACAAUGUGGUUUAUCCCUGAAAAUAAUUAGAAUUAAUGUAAACAUAACGGUUUUGAAAACAUAGCCUUUCCAAAUAAAAAAAGUGGUUUGCUCAACUUACCCUGGGUAUGGGGUAAGUUGAGCAUCGGGACAGGGUAAGUCGAGCAGCCUUGGGGUAAAGUGGGUGAUGGUGUCCUGUGACAGUGAUUGAUGGUGCUGUUAGGUCAAAGUUGAAUUCAUGGAAUGGGUAUACUGUAUAUGUUAAAUAUAUGUCUACAUUCAGAUAUAGAAUACUCUGUUCAAUAUCCCUUACCCUUCUAUUUCUUGACCAGUUGUCUGGGACAGGGAUGUUGUUUUGAUGUGCCAAUUUGUCGGCUAGUUCUCUGCAUUUGAGGUUACAAAGCCCAUGAAACUGGUCCAAAAGAGUAUUGAUACGUUUAGCAAAGCUCAAACUCUAUGUCAUCAGAUAAGACCAUACAGAAUGUGCACCUGCUACUCCUUAUCAUAGCCUCUCUUUCGCACACAGCUACAUGUUCAUUUUGUUUUUCGGUCAUUGUCUAUUUGUUCAUCCCUUGCUGCUGCUUGAGAUGGACUUCUUCCCUUCUCUCACUUCCUUGGCUGCUCGCUCAAGAACCUCUUUGUGGCUGGAACCCUGCUUGUUUUACGUUUGUGUACCCGGGACAUGAUGUCUGCUCUGUAACAAUAGAAAUGCACUCUCUUGAGUUCAUAUGUUCAGACACAUUGCAAAAAUACUAUGCAUAAAACUGACUAAAUGUAAUCAUUUGUAUGGGGUAUGGUGGCCAUUGGCUCCACUAACCCCAAGGCAAACAAGAAUGCACAUUUGUGAAAGGUUUAGGACCUCAUAUUCAUCAGAUCCCAACUGAUGUGUAAAACAAUCAUAAAACGAUCUACUUUGCUUCUACGAUCUACAAGUGUCAUGAAACUUAUAAACAAAAAAUGCAUUUGCUUUGUGAAAAGCCGUCAUUUGGACCCAACUUGCUUGCCACUUUUUCCAUGUGGUUUCUUCCUUCACAGACUCCAUGAAAUGAUGACCUCUUCUUAAAUAUUUGGUCACUUGAUUAAUUUGACGUCUGCUUUCCUAGAAACAAGGGGUGGCUCAACGAAACUUUUUACUCAACUUUCCCCAUUCUCCCCUACCUCAAAGCUGCAACAUGUAACUUUUUGGGUGAACAGACCAAAUUCACAUAGAAAUGUGAGUUAUAGAUCUGUCACUCAUUGGAAGUAAGUCUAAAAAGCAGUAGAUCUGUUCUGCGUGUGCCUUUUCUAUGCUUCCCAUUCUUCCGUUUAGUUUUUGCAUCUUUUACUUUCGGUUUUGCAGACCAGCUUCAAACAGCUGAAAAUGCAAUAUUUUCAGUUAUUAUAUGGUACAAUGAUUCACUACACUAAACAUUGAUUGUUUUGUUAUAUAAACUGACAUUAGGUGAACUAUUCGAAAUUCGAGCAUAUUGCACCUUUAAUAUAUAAUCCUAAUAGACUGGUAGGUAGGAUGAUAGUGUUGUUUUUUGUUUGUAUUUUUUUUCAUGGCAUAUAUCCUGUUGAUUAAAGUCCAGAUUAAACAUCAAAAUGAAUAUGAAUCUAACAGACAUGGGUUUAAAAUACUUGAAAAUAAUUUCAAAUUCUUUAUCUGUGCCUAUUUCAGCUUGCCUGACUUAAUAAACCAAUAGAUAAGUCUCAAAACGGCAUAUCCUGUCCAUCUGGCACUCCUGGCAGAUUAAAGCAAACGCUCAAAGUAUUUGAACCCAGGUCUAAAAUGUAACAUGCCUUAAUUAAUUGUAUCUAUGUUGAAGACAGUGUUGUUUACUGACUUGCACUUUAGUAUUGCAUGCCUAUUCACAUAUUCAAUGUACACUGUAGAAAUAGGACAAGGAUUUUCAACAAUAAAUGUGUUUGUCUUUG